GUUCGCAGGAGCUGUUAAAUUGGCAAUUAAAUUACAUAUUAAAGAAAUGGAUCGACUCGAUACAUUUUUGAGACAAGCUAGUUGUUCCAUUGAUUGCUGGGAGGUAGACCAACUCAUAAAAAAGAGAAGGUCAAGCUAAAGAUGUCAAAGAUAGAUAUAAAUACGGUGCAAGAGAUAUGACAGGCUGUCUGAAUGGUAUCGUCCGGCUACCUUUCCCUACUCUACAGUAUCAGCGACAAGCCACUGGAAUAUUGGUGCAAGCAACACUCACAGACAGGAAGAGUUUGCAAAACAUUGGAUUCAGAUCUUUUGGAAAAUAUCGUAGAACUGCAGGAUUUGGAGAAAUCGAGCAAUGGAAACACGUUUAUCGGAUGUCCAGCCUCUCCACAGCAAUUGCUUGACAUCCGUCUUCCGUUUCUCGUGAUUGUCAUGAAGAAUAUGAAUGUGGAGUGCCGUUUUCAAGUUCAGAUUAUUGACACAAACGAAAUCAGACAUCAUUUCCACUUCUCCAAUGAGGGUUUCGAAAACAACGGGAGCGUAAGAGUACCUGUGAUCAGUCGAGUCGACGUAAAGCUCCAGCCUGGAUGGAACCGCCUCGAAAUCGACCUGGAAGACCUGACAAGGAGGGCCUUCAACUCGCGGUACAAGGCGACCCAGAGAUUGGCGAUAUUCGCCAAUUGUAGACUGCGUAGGAUUUACUUCAUCGACAAACACUACGCAGACAUGGAAAUAUCUUCCGAGCUUUGCCAGGCGUUUUUUCAUCACUACAUGCUAAAGUGGGGAAUACAUCUGAAGGAAGGGAUAACGAAGAGGAACGAUCCACACGAGCCCGUGAAUCAGAUUCGUUCCCACUUUUUGAGAGACAUACAGAUUAAGUCUGGGAAAUUGAUAAACGACUUUUUCGGCAAGACGAACACCAGCCUAUCAAAAAUUCUAGAUUUUAAGAACAAGAUGAGGCUCAUGCUUUUCGCUAUUCCUAGACGCGGAGGGUCUCAAAUGCCUUCUGUGACUGCACAGGGUGAAGAGAGGCGAAAAUUGCACAGGCGUCAUGCCCACGGUUGCGGCUACUAUUUGUCAACAAUUAGAAACGAUGACCACAGGCUGGACGAUAUCAACGACACGCAAAAACAGCUCACGCGCAGAGAAACCGACAAUGAGGCAAUAUUUGGGUUGGAUGUUUGGAAAUCCCGGUAUGAAACGCCAGUGAACACAACAACGCAAGAGAAAGAGGUCGUGCAGCCGGUAGUGACUCCUAAAUGGAGUCAGCGGGCGUCGGGAAGCCUCAAGAAGUCCCGCAGACGGCGUAAAGAAGUAGUUACAAAAAAUUUCCAAGAGUCACCAGGCGAUGAUAAAGCCCCGAUAACAUCCGGCAAAGUAACGCCAGUCAAGUCCGUUGUCAAAAGUAUAAUUAAUUGCGCAAAUCGAAAAGAAGAUGAAAGGAUUUACAACGCAGUGAUAAGUCUGGAGGGGACGUUGAACGAGAUUCGAAUGAUGCCCGAGGUACAAAAAUCCGAGACAAAAAAUGGGUUGCGAAAGAAAUCGGUGCUGAAGAAAAACAAGGAAAAAUCUUGCUGUGAGACGGAGACGACAAAAAAAGGGUCCAGAAAACCGCAGUCGCUGUCGAAGGUGUCAAACGGCAGUGAACGCAUAAAGAUGCCGGCAAAGAUGCAAUAAAAUACUUUCGUCAUACUCGCGAAGUGAUUACCUUAUGU